AUGGAGAGCAGGCCCUCCACAUCUGGGGUGCCCUGGGGCUGUGGACGACGGGCACAGUGGGGUAAAGGCCUGCUCCCCACAGCUGCUUCUGGGAUACCAGACUGGGCCGAGAGUCCCCAUCCGCAGAAGGGCCGGCGGCCCGAGAAAGACGAAGAGUCCCCAGGUCGCCCCCUUCCUCCCUUUCUCUGCAAGCGCAUUGACCUCCCCCCACACACAGGCGGGCCGCCGGGCCCUUCCCAGUCAAACCCUGCAGUCCGGCUCUCCGGAGCGGCGGUCACUCUGCGGAGUGGGCGGGAGGAGUCAUGCUGCCCCACUGCAGGCCCGAGGACCCCACCCCAGCAGGGCCACACGCUCAGGGCUCCUGGUCUGAGGCCGGGGGAUCGGGGCACAGGUCGCCUGCUGGCCACACCCACCCACACAGCCUUCCAGGAGGGCCGACCUCAGGGCCACGGGUACUACCGCUGUGACCGAAACCUGGUGUGGAACGCGGGUGCACUGCACUACAGCGACGAGGUGGAGAUCAUCCAAGGCCUCACGCGCAUGCCCGGUGACCGCGACACACUCAAAAGCAAAGUGGACGCCAUCAAGUAUUUUGGGAAGGGCACCUACACUGACUGUGCCAUCAAGAAGGGGCUGGAGCAGCUCCUCGUCGGGGGCUCCCACCUAAAGGAGAACAAGUACCUGAUUGUGGUGACCGACGGGCACCCCCUGGAGGGCUACAAGGAGCCAUGCGGGGGGCUGGAGGACGCCGUGAACGAGGCCAAGCACCUGGGCGUCAAAGUCUUCUCAGUGGCCAUCACGCCCGACCACCUGGAGCCGCGUCUCAGCAUCAUCGCCACGGACCACACGUACCGGCGCAACUUCACGGCGGCUGACUGGGGCCAGAGCCGCGACGCGGAGGAGGUCAUCAGCCAGACCAUCGACACCAUCGUGGACAUGAUCAAAAAUAACGUGGAGCAAGUGUGCUGCUCCUUCGAAUGCCAGCCUGCAAGAGGACCUCCGGGGCUCCGGGGCGACCCCGGCUUUGAGGGAGAACGAGGCAAGCCAGGGCUCCCGGGAGAGAAGGGAGAAGCCGGAGAUCCCGGAAGACCCGGGGACCUCGGACCUGUUGGGUACCAGGGGAUGAAGGGAGAAAAAGGGAGCCGUGGGGAGAAGGGCUCCAGGGGACCCAAGGGCUACAAGGGAGAGAAGGGCAAGCGUGGCGUCGACGGGGUGGACGGCGUGAAGGGGGAGAUGGGGUACCCAGGCCUGCCAGGCUGCAAGGGCUCGCCCGGGUUUGACGGCAUCCAAGGAGCCCCCGGACCCAAGGGAGACCCCGGCGCCUUUGGACUGAAAGGAGAAAAGGGUGAGCCUGGAGCUGACGGGGAGGCGGGGAGACCAGGGAGCUCGGGACCACCUGGAGACGAGGGCGAGCCAGGAGAGCCUGGUCCUCCCGGAGAGAAAGGAGAGGCGGGCGACGAGGGGAACCCAGGACCUGACGGUGCCCCCGGGGAGCGGGGCGGCCCUGGAGAGAGAGGACCACGGGGGACCCCAGGCACGCGGGGACCAAGAGGAGACCCUGGUGAAGCUGGCCCACAAGGUGAUCAGGGAAGAGAAGGCCCUGUUGGUGUCCCUGGAGACCCGGGCGAGGCUGGCCCUAUCGGACCUAAAGGCUACCGAGGCGAUGAGGGUCCCCCAGGAUCUGAGGGUGCCAGAGGAGCCCCAGGACCUGCUGGACCCCCUGGAGACCCUGGGCUGAUGGGUGAGAGGGGUGAAGACGGCCCCCCUGGAAAUGGCACCGAGGGCUUCCCUGGCUUCCCCGGGUAUCCGGGCAACAGGGGCCCUCCCGGGAUAAACGGCACGAAGGGCUACCCCGGCCUCAAGGGGGACGAGGGGGAAGCCGGGGACCCCGGAGACGACAACAACGACAUUGCACCCCGAGGAGUCAAAGGAGCAAAGGGGUACCAGGGCCCCGAGGGCCCCCAGGGACCCCCAGGACACCCAGGACCGCCCGGGCCAGAUGAAUGCGAGAUUUUGGACAUCAUCAUGAAAAUGUGCUCUUGCUGUGAAUGCAAGUGCGGCCCCAUCGACCUGCUCUUCGUACUGGACAGCUCAGAGAGCAUCGGCCUGCAGAACUUCGAGAUUGCCAAGGACUUCGUCGUCAAGGUCAUCGACCGGUUGAGCCGGGACGAGCUGGUCAAGUUUGAGCCGGGACAGUCCUACGCAGGUGUGGUGCAGUACAGCCACAGCCAGAUGCAGGAGCACGUGAGCCUGCGCAGCCCCAGCAUCCGGAACGUGCAGGAGCUCAAGGAAGCCAUCAAGAACCUGCAGUGGAUGGCGGGCGGCACUUUCACGGGGGAGGCCCUGCAGUACACGCGGGACCAGCUGCUGCCACCCAGCCCGAACAACCGCAUCGCCCUGGUCAUCACUGACGGGCGCUCAGACACCCAGAGGGACACCACGCCGCUCAACGUGCUCUGCAGUCCGGGCGUCCAGGUGGUCUCCGUGGGCAUCAAGGACGUGUUUGACUUCGUCCCGGGCUCCGACCAGCUCAAUGUCAUUUCUUGCCAAGGCCUGGCACCAUCCCAGGGCCGGGCCGGCCUCUCGCUGGUCAAGGAGAACUAUGCAGAGCUGCUGGAGGACGCCUUCCUGAAGAAUGUCACCGCCCAGAUCUGCAUAGAUAAGAAGUGUCCAGAUUACACCUGCCCCAUCACGUUCUCCUCCCCCGCUGACAUCACCAUCCUGCUGGACGGCUCUGCCAGCGUGGGCAGCCACAACUUCCACACCACCAAGCGCUUCGCCAAGCGCCUGGCCGAGCGCUUCCUCAUGGCGGGCAGGACGGACCCCACCCACGACGUGCGGGUGGCUGUGGUGCAGUACAGCGGCACAGGCCAGCAGCGGCCAGAGCGGGCAUCGCUGCAGUUCCUGCAGAACUACACGGCCCUGGCCAGUGCUGUCGAUGCCAUGGACUUUAUCAACGACGCCACGGACAUCAACGACGCCCUGGGCUAUGUGACCCGCUUCUACCGCGAGGCCUCGUCUGGCGCUGCUAAGAAGAGGCUGCUGCUCUUCUCAGAUGGCAACUCACAGGGCGCCACGCCCGCGGCCAUCGAGAAGGCCGUGCAGGAGGCCCAGCGAGCAGGCAUCGAGAUCUUCGUGGUGGUCGUGGGCCGCCAGGUGAAUGAGCCCCACAUCCGCGUCCUGGUCACCGGCAAGACGGCCGAGUACGACGUGGCCUAUGGCGAGCGCCACCUGUUCCGUGUCCCCAGCUACCAGGCCCUGCUGCGCGGUGUCUUCCACCAGACCGUCUCCAGGAAGGUGGCACUGGGCUAG